CACCAUGUUCCCACGGAGCACCGUUUUUCGCGCUCUCCACCAAUGGCGCUCCAACGCGGACCGACCACCGUCGCUCCCGCUGCCGCCGGAGCCCAGCUCAUUUGCCACAGCCGUCAGGAGCUCCGCUUCGCUCCGAGUCUUGAAGCCCCUUCACGCCGCCGUCCUCCGCCACCACCUCGACGACCUUGUCCUCUCCGUCGCCCUUGCUUGCCGCUACUCCCAACUUGGCCUCCCGCGGGCUGGCCUCUCCCUCCUCUCGCCGGCUGCUGCCGAUCCUUCCCUCCUCCCGGCCGCCGAUACCUUUUUCUGGAACCUCCUCGUCCGCGGUCUUGUCGAAUCCGGAGCCCACGAUCGCGCUCUCGCUCUCUACCGCCAGAUGCGAGAGCCUCGCGGUGGCGCUCAGCCCAAUAAUUUUACCUUUCCUCCCGUUCUCAAGGCCUGUUCCUACCUCGGUGACUUCGAGGAAGGCGUCAAGGUCCAUGACGACGCCGCGGAGCUCGGCUACGACUCCGAUGUUUUCGUCCGCAACUCCCUCAUUUCCAUGUACGGCAAAAGUGGCGCUUUGGACACUGCGAAGAGGUUGUUUGAUGAAAUGCCCGAUAGAAGCGUGGUCACUUGGACUGCGAUGAUUGGAGCCUUCGCUCAAAAUGGGCAUCCAGAGGACGCGCUUGCAUUGUUCCGUCGAAUGCUGGAGGAGCGAGUUAGGCCCAACAGAGCGACAUUCUUGACAGUGAUGCCAUGUGUUAUCAGGUGUCAUGAUGCUGACGACUUGCAUAAGCUGAUCAUCAGGUACCAUCUGGAAUCAGAAGUGAUUGUCCAGAAUGCAAUCAUGGGCAUGUACUCAAGGUGUGGAAAGAUUGAACAAGCACGGAAAUUGUUCGAUGGGAUUGCUGAGAAGGAUUUGGCAUCUUGGAGUUCGAUGAUUGAGGCUUAUGCACGGGCAGAUAUGUUCGAGGAAGCCAUGAAGCUAUUUCGAAACAUGAAGUUACUUGAGAUUGUGCCAGACCGGGUGACACUUCUCGGUGUCACUUGUGGUUGUUCCAAUUCAGCAGUAGCAUCUCUAAGGCAUGCACGGCUUAUUCAUGGCUUUGCAAUUAGGAGCUUACUGAUUGAGGAUUUAAUGGUCGAAACAGCUGUAAUCGAUAGCUAUGUGAGACGUGGGAGUCUAAGCAGUGCUCGUAGAAUAUUUGAUCAGAUGCGAGAGAAGAAUUUGGUGACCUGGAGCACUAUGAUAUCUGGGUAUGGAAUGCAUGGGAGGGGAGUGGAGGCGCUUGAACUAUUUAACCGCAUGAAGUGCUUGAUGAAACCAGACCACAUUACGUUUGUCUCUGUGCUCUCUGCUUGCAGCCAUGCCGGCUUAAUUGUUGAAGGUUGGCAGUGCUUUAAUUCUAUGACCACGGAGUUCGGGAUUGUUGCUCGUGCUGAGCAUUAUGCAUGCAUGGUUGAUCUGCUGGGACGAGCAGGACAGCUUGAAAAAGCUAGAGAAUUCAUUGAGAAAAUGCCCAUAAAACCAGAUUCUAGCGUGUGGGGAUCCUUGCUUGGUGCUUGCAGGAUUCAUCCAGAUGCAAAGAUCACAGAAUUGGCUGCAACCUCACUGUUUGAAUUGGACCCUCAGAAUUCAGGCCGUUACAUUCUAUUGUCAAAUAUCUACACUUCUUUGGGGAAGAUUGAAGAAGCCCAUAGCAUUAGAGUUCUCAUGAGAAAGAGAGGGGUGAAAAAGAUAGCUGGUUACACUGUCAUAGAAUUGAACAACAAGCUAUACAAGUUUUUAGUUGGGGACUGUUCCAACCCUCAAUCAGAUUUGAUGUAUAGGGAACUCGAGAGAUUGAUGGACAGGAUUAAAGAGGCAGGAUAUGUGCCAAAUACCAACUUUGCAUUGCAUGAUGUGGAGGAAGAGACGAAAGUUAAGUCGUUGUAUAUGCACAGUGAGAAACUUGCUAUUGUUUUUGGGCUUAUUAACACGGGGCCUGAAAGUACCAUUCGGAUCCACAAGAACCUGAGGGUUUGUGGAGAUUGUCAUACUGCUACCAAAUUUAUCUCAAAGGUCACAAAGAGGAAGAUAGUCAUGAGAGACUCACAUAGGUUUCAUCAUUUUAGUGAUGGGGAGUGUUCCUGUGGGGAUUACUGGUGAAGAGCAUCAUCACUCUUUGUGGUUAACAUAGCUGGCCUGGGGAGCAAAGUGCAUUAGAAAACUGGUGGCAGAGCACUAAAUUCACUUUGCUAUCUACCCUGAGAAAUUAUUGGCAUAGCUAAUGAUGUGGUUAGCUUAUCUCUACUGCUUAUAGGAGAGAUUUUUCUACUAGUCGCACAGACUGAUAUCAAUGAGAGACUUUUUUCCUUGCAAGCUAUCAUCGAGCAAACCACACAAGAUCAACAAGUCAAAUAGCAACUUGCAAAAUAGAUUGCAGAAUGGACAUCUGAUCUUUAGCUUCUUUCAAGGACACAAGAAGAUCAUAUUUUCACGUCCAAUGGUAGAAGAACAUCCUUCACAGAGUAGUACACCUUAGAGAUUAGGCUCUGAAGUACUGCUGUAGUAUUUUCUAACCAAACCAAGUGCCCAGUGUUAUAUCUUUAUACUGUUAUUUUGUCGAUAACUAUUGGGAAAUGCUAUUUGAACUGAGCUCCUAAAUUUGAAGCAUGGAAUAGAUGAUGAUUUGGU